GGUCUUAUUCAUAAUCAUUUUUCACAUUUUAUCAAAUGCUUAUUAGAGGUUUAUAAAACGUUUGAUAAAAAUUGUUAUUCAUAAUCGUCAUUUAGCGCUAAAAUCCUCUUUUAUCUGUGUGAUAAGUUAUCGAGAGCUCGGGCCUUGUUUAAAGCUCUAAUAAACCUAUUUUAACCUAACUUUUAUAAAUGUCAUUUCAUAUGAAUGUCACUUCGUUGGUUUAUUUAUUCAAAAUAUCCUUGCUGUGAUCCUUGCUUGUGAAAAUGAAUGCUAUAAAUGCAAUUGUGCAUUUAGCCAAUAAUGCCGACCCAGCGCGACGUAGAAAGCUCUACCGCCAACGAAGCAACCCAUUCGAUUUGCGGGACCUAAAUUUUAAAAUAAAAUAUAGGUUCAAUAAGGACACAGUGCGCACCAUCAUAGAUUUGGUGGAAGAUGAUCUGGUUCAGAGCGCUAGAGGUGGUGGCACGUGUCCUGAACUGCAAGUUUUAGUGGCCAUAAGAUGUUGGGGACGUCGUGAGGUACAAGAUGAUGCUGGUGACCUCCAUGGCCUAAGUCAGCCGACAGUGAGCCGGAUAUGCGCCAGAGUCGCGCAUGCAAUCGCGAAUAAGGCAAAUUCCUUCAUCAAAAUGCCUAUCACUAUAGGAGAGCAGGAAAGAAUUAGUGCCAAAUUUAGAGCAAUUAAAAAUUUUCCUGGGGUGAUAGGAGCCAUAGAUUGCACCCACAUUAAAAUUAAAAAAACCGGAGGUGACAUGGCCCAGUACUAUAUUAAUAGAAAAGGCUAUUAUUCCCUGAAUGUUCAGGUUGUCUGUGAUGCUGACCUCAAAAUAAUGGAUAUAGUGGCUAGAUGGCGAGGCAGUACACAUGACAGUCGAAUUUUUAUGGAGAGCAAUAUAAAACAACGAUUUGAGGAUAGGCAGUUUAGAGGACGCCUUAUUGGCGAUUCGGGCUACCCUCUUCUGCCAUAUCUAUUUACACCUAUUUUAAGGCCUAGUCGUCCAGAAGAAGAAGCAUACAAUAAUGCUCACAUCUCAACUAGGAACACUGUUGAAAGGUGUUUUGGGGUGUGGAAGCAGCGGUUCCAAUGCCUACUCCAUGGCUUACCAGUAAGCCUCCAAAAUGGAAAAGCUGUGAUCAUAGCAUUGGCUGUAUUACAUAAUAUAGCCAUUGAUAUGAAUGACACAUUGUUAGAACAACAUAUGGAGCAGGUCCCUGUAACUCCGCAACUUUCGACGGAGAACAGUGUUCACGACAACCGACCUUCAUUGUUGAGGCGUAGGUCGCAGUUGAUACUACAAAAUUUUAUAAAUCAACAUUUUUGAAUGAUACUGUUCCUGGC